AUGGAACACCAGCUGUUGUGCUGUGAAGUGGAAACCAUCAGAAGAGCUUACCAAGAUGCCAACUUACUAAAUGACCGAGUUCUACAGACAAUGCUCAAAGCAGAGGAAAAUUACCUUCCGUCUCCGAAUUACUUCAAGUGCGUCCAGAAAGAAAUAAUACCUAAAAUGAGGAAAAUUGUGGCUACAUGGAUGUUAGAGGUGUGUAUAUUUAUGAUGUCUAGAUGUAUUGCUUAAAAGUUUGUGUCCAAACACUAACCAUGCCCUUUGGACGCAAUGUAUUGAAUUGGUCGUUUUAUGCAUCUUACGUUUUAUGAGCAUGACCAUUCAUAUUAUGUAAACUUACUGACAUGUAGUAGGCUAAUGUUUCAUUUGUGUACGGUUGUCCAAGUAGGCUAAAAUAGAUUUGGAACACGGUCGUAGCAUAUUAGGCUAUUUCCCAUGUAUUGUGUGUGUUCAGUAAUUACAACACUUGCAAUGUAGCUGCUCGAUUAUUUUAUUUGUCGGAGACUUAGGAAAUGUAUUUAGAUUGAAAAAACAUUCCAAAUUAAUACCAAUGUACACGUAUGCAGUCUUACUCUUGCCAGUAGUAUGCGCCAUCUUUGUUGUCGUAUGCGUAGGUUUUUAAUAUCAUUAAAAAUCUUUAAUAAUGUCAGCAAUGACAGUAACUCAAUCAGCAAGUCGAAAAGUAUAUCUUGGGUAUGCACUUAUAAUCCUGUCGCACGGAUAGCGAAAAAUGAUUAUAUAAAACCAUAAAGUUUGUUUCGGUUUACUAAUCAGGCUGCUGUUGCUGCAGUUUCUGAAGGUCGCUCUGGAAACAUGAUCAUUUUCACCAAAAAUGUAAAUAAGAAUGCAUUUUAAAUGGUCGGAUAUGAUACUAUAUCGAUUAAUCAACAUUUACAUGUAGUUAGAGAUUGAGUUUUAUGUCGACAUACAUUUUUUAUUAAUUUCAGAAAUUGUGAGUCAGCACAAGAUCUUAAUGUCGCAGGCUCCACGAGAAAGAGCGGUGUCGUGAAAAUUAAAUUGUUUUCAUAUGUUUCCUAUAUGAAAAUUCGACACAUCUUGAAACUAUCCGAUAAGGUAUAUCAUAAGGAUCAUUUACAUGCUAAUUUGACAAACCGUGACAAUUUUUACAUAUUUUCUUUUCUUUUUUGAAAAGAUGACGAACUAGAAAUUUAAGGGGAAAGUUGCAUUGACGCCACCUUUGUGUCUUAGUAAGAAGCGACUGAAAACAGCCUAAAUUCUCAACUCUUUCAAUUUCCGUUUUAAUUAGGCCUAAGCAACUGUUUCAGUUUUUCUAAAUACAUGAUUUUAUGUUAAUUGCAUUGGCAGACUAUAUCCUACUUUGCGCCACCUGAAGCCUACAAUUAGGCCAUAGCUAUUGUUUUAAGGACAGCCUUUAGGAAUGGAAGGAUAAUGCAAAAAAUAUGUUGUGUUGUCAUUACAGUAUUUCGUUUUCACUUAUGGACGGGCAUAUUUAUUGGUAUAUACAAUCGACCUGAAUGCACUUAUAGUCCUAUAUUAUAGGCUACUGUAAUUUGAGGCUAUAGGCUAAAUUGCUGUUUUCACUUCUAGGUGUGCGAGGAACAGAAAUGCGAGGAGGAGGUUUUUCCCCUGGCAAUGAACUACCUGGAUAGAUUUUUGUCUGUGGAGCCCACAAAUAAAACCAGAUUACAACUCCUGGGAGCUACUUGUAUGUUUUUGGCCUCAAAGAUGAAGGAAACGGUCCCGUUAACUGCAGAGAAGUUGUGCAUUUACACCGACAACUCCAUCCGGCCCAUCGAUCUAUUGGUAAAUGAGCAAUGUCAAUCUUCUAAAUAGACACUGUAUAUGGCUGUAGUUAUAAUCCAUCCAGUUGUGUUCAUUUUAAAGACAGUUUGCAUCAAAGAAAGAGUUUGGUUUCUUGUACAUUUCACAUGGUAGCAUACAGCGGUUAGGCCAGUGUAGCGCAAUUACAUGACGAGGGCGACAUCUCCCUCUAGUGGAAAGAACGUAAAAUGUAGAAGAAAUGAUGUGAAGCCACUUGUGAAGUUCGAUUGUCUCAUUGCGCCCGUCUGUCUUUCUUUGUAGCAAAUGGAACUACUGACUCUAAACAAGUUGAAAUGGGAUCUAGCAUCAGUAACACCGCACGAUUUCAUAGACCAUUUCCUCUCCAAGCUACCGAUCCAUCAGAACACGAAGCAGAUUCUGCGCAAGCAUGCCCAGACAUUUGUGGCUCUCUGUGCAACAGGUAGGCCCAGACAUGAACCAUUGUCUGUUAAGUGUGAGCUUUUUCCUGUCACUGCUCCAUAACCACUUUUUCAGGGACCAAUGGCUAAUAUAUAUGUCAGAUGCAAGAUUUACAUUUUGUCUGCAUUUUUUACCACUUUUGAGGAUAACUCUUCCUCCUUGAAGGCCCCCAAGUGGCCAAUGGUCAAUCUAAUUGGUUGGGGGUAUGGGCUCUGGUGCAGGAAUGUUUGAGUGUACAAGGCCUAGCAUGUUUUAUGGAGGGUGUCUCAGUCACGUUGUAGUGUGGACAAGUAGAGGAGAUACUGGAAUGGAGUCAGUGAUCUCUUUUUCUCCAGAUCAGUUUUAUGUGAUUAUGAGUUUGCUUCUCACCACAUUGGUUUGUUUGCUUAGUUGUUUCUCCCCAAAGUCAGGGUUUGCUCAAUAGAAUUUGAAUCAGUUGUCACUGGGGGUAUGUUUUAGGGCUAUUGGAAGAGCAACAGGAUAUCCAUUGUCCCCUACCUCAUUCUGCCAGAGCCUAGAAUGGCCUUCCUCACAUACCCUCCAUCUGCUGUGGUCUCUCUCUCUACCCCUAUAUACAAUACUUGAUAGCUUUUGUCUGUUUUAUUUACCACAUUAAUCCUAUUGAAAGCUCAGGUGUACCAUUUAGCCAAUGAUCUGUUUCAGAUGUUUUGCUUUACGACUCAAGUACUUACCAUCUCUCUUUCUUUUGUCUUCCCUAUAGAUGUCAAAUUCAUCGCCAACCCUCCCUCCAUGAUCGCAGCGGGCAGCGUGGCAGCAGCGGUACAGGGGCUGUACCUAAAGAUCAAAGACGGUGCACUGUCAUCCCAGAACCUAACCAACUUCCUGUCCCAAGUCAUCAGGAGUGACCCGGUACGUCAAACACCGCUCCCCAGACCUUUACAUUGCACCACACACAUGCUUGCAUUGACUGUUUGUCACAAACCCUUUCGCUACUAUUGUCUUUAAGGUAUUUUGCAUCAUUAUGCUGACAGUAUCUCUCUCUCGUCACAGGACUGCCUGAGGUCGUGUCAGGAACAGAUUGAGUCUCUGCUUGAGUCUAGUCUGAGACAGGCACAGCAACAUAAUGUCUCCACAGAAACAAAAAGGGUAGAUGAGGACGUGGACCUGUCCUGCACCCCUACAGAUGUGAGGGACAUUAACAUUUGAGUGUCAUCCUCCUCAUUUUUUUGGAAAUAUUUUUGAGGCUCUGGCCUUACCAAGAGGCCAUCUGGGAAAAGAGGACAUCAGCGCACCCUCAAGUCGUCACCCUCUGAACACCCUCUGGCAAACGCUUUUGUGCCACACCUGUUACGGUGCCCUGGCCUAUAUGGCCUCCCAGUGACGUGUGGCCGCCCUCAGCCAGGGCUGUCAAGAAAAGACUGAACACCUCACUUUUCUGAGACCACCAGUCAUGUUCCCUCUCACUCUCCCAUCCUGUCUGGCUCAAGACAUCAACAAGGAUGAUAGCAAAAACGAAUUCUUAUGAAAGAUACACAACUAUAUGGAUGAAAUGAAAACAUUAUAGUUUAUGUGCAAGAGUAAGCCACAGAAAUAUACAUUCUUACCACCCAAUGUUGUACUAGGAUUUUUAAAUACCAUAGACUGACUCUACAUGCUUACUUAAAACAUUCAAAAUAACAUCGAGUAGGUAUUUUUAGUCUGUCUUUGUGUCUAGGUUUUUAUUUGAAGUAUAAAUUCAUUUAUAAAAGAGAAGGGGCAUUUUUUUUCUCUAUUAGGUAGGCAUUUUACUUGCUAUCAAAGCUCCCCUGUUUUUUUUGCAGUCUAGGCAUCUGUGUAUCCCCGCUUGCUUAUGCGUUGUCACUUUAUUAUAUUGUCUAGACUUCUAAAGAAAUUCUGAGCCCCUAGUUUUGGCCUCUUCUCUUUUUAACUGGGUUGUAUAACUCAACAGUAUACUUUUAGUAUAUAUUGCUCUGUUUUAUUGUUUAGAUGAUUGUGGAUUGCUGGUGCUGAGGUUUGCCAAAUAAGUUCAUUCAUUCUUCAAUAUAAGGACAAUUACUUUAUAUUCAAUUAGGAGUAAAUUGAAUGAACCAGCAUUGUUUGGCUGUUGAUUUAUGAUUUAUUUUUUCCUCAUUGUACAUAUUUCAAAAGCUAGCAAUGACACGAUAAGCUAAAGUCUAGCAAUAAUUGCAAAUCUUUACCAUGCAAUCCACAGUUAUGUUUUUUGUGGUUAUAUCUUACUUUCUAAUACCAUUCCAUUUUUAAAAGCACUUUUAGUCCGUUUUUUUCUGACUCAUAAAAAAAAAUCACAGAAAAAAUUAGAAAAAAUGGAAUGGAGUGGAGCAGGUCUCUUUUAACUGUGGUGUUCUGUGUGUUACAAUUUUGCGUACAAGUCAACGCAGCCCAGCAGCAAUCCCGUGUACCCUUGAUGUAGAAGGGUAUUAUUUUGGAGAUUGUUAUGCCACAGUUCUUACAGGAGGGGUCUAUAGUGAGAUGAGGAUUGUGUGUGGCAUGUUUCAGCAUCCUGUAUCCCAUCGCUUGAACGGCAUCCAGAGCAUUUGAAACACUAAAGUAUCAAACUUGAACGUUAAAACAAAGAUUAAGUGUGUUUAUUAUUGCAUAUUUUACUCUUGGAGCCAGUGCAGAUUAGAAACAGGAUGCCAAAGUCUGUCUCUAACAUUUUGUACACAACUAUUUACCAUAGUGCUUAACACAUGCCUGCCCUCAAAAUCAUGUAUGACAGUGUUUUCUCAGUACAAAACUGAAAGAAAACACCAUAGUUAAAAUGCUGUUUAGAAUGUGUAAUUGAGGGGAUAAAAAUACAAAAAAAAUGUUUUGUUUAGAGAUGAUUUUGCACAAACCUGAAGACUUAGGCUAUGUUUAUGUGGCUUGCCUAAGAGAAGUGGAUCACUAAGAUGGGAAGGGUAACGUUGAAAAGUGGGAGUGGGAAAAAGGGAGGCAAAAAGGGUGACAGCUUGACAGCAACAAGUUUUGUUGAAUUGCUGAAUUAAGGUGUUUGAUUGUACAUUGAGAAAAAGAGAUGAGAGAACAGGAUAAUGGGAGAGCACACUCCUCCUUUUGAGCUGCUAUGGAGGAAUUCCCAGCAAAGUGUAAAACAAAAUGAAAAACAACAAGAAAAAAACAAUGCUUUUUCUCCUAUUGUUUGCUGCUAUAUAUUUUUUUUAAUACAUAUAAAUGUCAAUAUACUGCCAUGUAAUAGGUUUUUAAUUUUCUAUGAGAAAAUUAUGUUGACAUCUUUGUUUUUGUAGUUUUAUGUCAUCAGUUUUUACUUUAAUAUGAUUUCAUUGCUAUUCCAAAAAGAGGAAAAAUUAGACAAUAGACAUGGUUUUUAUCAACAAUACCUCAUAUUACAGUCAAGAUUAUCUUUAAUUUAGUUCUUUUUUUUUAGUUCUUUUUUUAUUUUACUUGUUUGUUCAGUGGCUGAUAGUCCUGUUUAAACUGCUAAUGGUAAUGCAUUGAUCAUUAUCCAAAUGGGUCCUGAUGAGAGCAAGUAGAGAGAGCAUUGAUUGAAACUGGUGCCAUAACAGACCGGAUUGUAUAA